AUAAAAGAUUACGGCUAUUGGCGCGCAGCGACGCAUAUAUGUUUACACUAAAACAUAAACCUUUUGGACCUUCUAUUAGCUUUGUGACAUUAAUUUUGGACAUUUAUAUUUACGUAAACGUUUUUUUAUCUCAUGCUGUUUGCUGAUUUAUAAUUUAAAAUAAUAUAGAUGACUAUGUUUCAAAGUUUUUGUCUUUAUUGUAACUCGUUCACCUUUAUAAAGUUUAUAGUGAAUCUUUGUGAAAAAUGGUAAAAUGGUCAGAUCAAGGUUUCUCGGCAAACCGCCCAAAACACGAACAAAAAGGGCUAUGGUUCUUGCUGGGGUGUCCAAAUUCGUCGAUAAUGAUUUUAAAACUGCUCAACUGAUAUCAUUAUCUUUGGACGUGUUUCGAACAACAUAUGAAAGCAACUAUGAAGAGAAAUCACAAGAGUUUAAAGGUUUUAACGAUUGUAGUGAAGCUGCUCAUAAUUUAGAGGAAAAAAAAAAGGAAAUGAAAGAAAUAUGUCGUCAAAGAGGUAUUCCUUAUGAAGAAUCACACCAAAAAUUUUCUAAUAUUUUACAAAAUCCUAAUUUUUCAAGCAGUAUGACAUGUCAUAAUUUAAAAAAUUCUCAAGUGAAUUUACCACAAUCAUUAAAUAAAUCAAUAAGUUUGGAUUCUGUAGAAGUUAUUUACUUAGAUGAUGAUCUUAAUUAUACAUAUGCAAAAUCGUGCAAAGGAGGUCCUUUAAAAUCAAACCUUUCAAGUGGUGAAGUACAAUGUGGUAUUUGUGGUAUUAUUCGUUUUUACAAGAUAAUAGCCAAAACAAAGAAAUAUGGAGCUUACAGUUGUGAUUCAUGUCGAAAAUUUAUGAUAAGAUCCAUUGAAAAUACUAAAUUAAUUUAUCGAUGCAAUAAUGAAAAAGGUGUUGGUCAAUGUAAUAUUCCAACUGGGUUAAAAUCUAAGAAUAAAAUAUCACGAGUUUUAUCAAUUGAUGCUCGUUGUAAAGCAUGUUGGCUUCAAAUGUGUUUAAAAAGACUUAAGUUACCAGAAACUAUCAUUGAACGACUGAUUGAUAAACUUCCUAGAGAAAUAGUGGCAAUUGUGUCAUGGGCCUUAAAGAAACCUGAUCCUUGGACUAUAAAUAUAGAUGAUAAUUUAAGAAAAAAAAUCAUUCAUGAUUAUAAUCUCCAUAGAGAAAUUAUUAAUGCUAUCCAUGAUGAUAGUGAUGAUAAUUUGGAUGAAGUUAAUAAUUGUGACAGUGAUAAUAUUGAUAGUUCUUCAAUAAAAUCUAAUUCUGAUAGUGAGUACAUCACUAAAAGGAAAUGUACUAAAAAUAUAUCCAAAGUAGAAAAAAUUAAAAUUAUUAAAAAAAAAAUUAAAAGACAUAAAAAAAUAAAACUAUCAAGAGAUAUCCAGUCUAAUGAUGUUAAAAAAAUUGUAUUAUCGCGUUCAACUAGCAUGUCAUCAAAUUCAACUAAUGAAACAAAAACUAUUACUGUUAAAGGACCCAGAAUUAAACAUGUUUGUCGUAGUGCAGAAUUAGCUUUAAAGCAAGCACCAGCAGUUUUUAGCAAUAUGUCCGAACUAGUAGAUGAUUUUAAUGAGUUUAGAAAUCCAUCUAUAGACUCCCUUUCUAACCAACAAAAUGAAGUUAAUGGUGAUUAUUUGACUAAAGAUAUAAGAAAUGAAAAAUUGUCAGCUAUACCAAAUAACAUUAAAUGUUCAAUAACUGGUGAUAUUUAUCAAGACACUUAUUCCUCUUUUCAUGUGAAUAGAACUCUUCAAGAUUUAAUGAUGCAAGAUCAAUCAAAUGCUAAUAAUGAUAAUAAUGAAGAUAAUAAAGCUAUUGACUUAAAUUUUAGAGAAAGUUAUGAUCCUGAUCGUAUUGCUGAAAAUGGAUUUGCAGUUGUUAGUACAGAACCAUUAUCAGUCCCACGACUUGCUAUUUGUUAUCUUUGUGGUAGUGCUGGAAUGGAAAAACUAAUCCAUUGUGUUACCUGCUGCGAACCUUAUCAUAAAUUUUGUGUAGAUGGAGUUGGAAUUGGAAUAUCUUCACAUGAAAGUGAAUGGUCUAAAAUUAGUUGGACGUGUCCUAAAUGCAAGUUAUGCAAACAAUGUAAUAGUAGAGGCAAAACAAGACCAAAGUUAACUUGUCAAAGAUGUAAAGAUUCUUAUCAUGAUUACUGUUUAACAGAUAAAUUAACUUAUGACCGAAAUAGACCUUGGGCAUGUCCACCUUGUAGAACUUGUAAAAGUUGUCAUCUACCCAAAGUUGAUUACUUUGUUGGUAACUUAGCACUCUGUACUGAAUGUUAUCAAUUAAGACAACAUGGUAACUACUGUCCUUUAUGUCAACAGUGUUAUGAUUCUGAUGAUUAUGAUUCAAAAAUGAUGGAGUGUGCUACUUGCAAACAUUGGGUUCAUUCUAAAUGUGAAGGUUUAUCAAAUGAAAAAUAUGAAGUUUUGAGUGUUUUACCUGAUAGUGUUGAAUACAUUUGCAAGAAUUGUACUACUAACAGUACUAUACCGUGGCGAUCAUAUGUUGAUGAAGCCUUUAAAAGUGGUUUUAAAUCUAUACUUUUGUCACUAGGAAAAAAUAAAAAAACUUGUGAUUUGAUUAAGUGGAGCCCACAAAAACAAUCACCUGGAUGUGUUUGUAAAAAAACAUAUAUUCCACCAUUUCCAUCAUUUGAUAAAGUUACUUUGAAUGAUUUACCAAAAAAUCAAAUAGAAGAACCUCCUAAACAAUGUGUUUGUCAUGGUUUGGAAGGUUGGUCUAAAGGCACUCCAACAUUAGUAUCAAUAAAACAAAAAGUUAAUAAUAAUGAGUAUGAAUCAUUGUAUCAAUUCAAUAAAGAUAUGUUAAAUACUAUAAAUAAGUUUAAUGCACCAGAACUUAAAGAAGAAUAUACUAAAAUCAUUUCUACAGUUUUUCCUUGGUUUAAUGGUGAUUUCCUAAAUAGUUCACCAUGCAAAAAUGUUUACUCUCCAUCGACAUCAACAAUUAUAAGCCCGCCAAAAUUUAUUCCUAAAAUGUCAUUUAACUUGCUUAAUUCUGAUAUAAAAGCUUUGCAAGAUAUGAUGGGCAAUGAUGAAAAUAGUUAUUAUAUUAGUCCAAAAAUACAAGACAAAAGAGAAUGCCAGUUUUGUAAAAAAGUGGGAGAAGGAUUAUCAGUUCGAGAAGGUAGACUUUUAUAUUGUGGCGACAAUAUAUGGGCUCAUGCCAACUGUGCAUUAUGGUCAUCAGAAGUUUUUGAAGAGAUUGAUGGUUCUCUUCAAAAUGUCCAAUUAGCCUUAUCCAGAAGUAAAUUAGUUCGUUGUGUAGUAUGUAAUGAAAAAGGGGCUAGUAUAGGAUGUUGUUACCGAAAUUGUGUGAAAACGUAUCACUUUCAAUGUGCAAGAAAACUAUUUUGUUUGUUCAAUGAAAAUAAAACUGUUUAUUGUAAUAAUCACGCUUCUAAUGUUCGAAGUAGUGUUAAAGAUUUUACUUUAGAUAGAUUAAUAUAUAUAGAACAAGAAGAUAUAAAACGAAAAAAAAAAGGAAGUUCAGAUGUUUAUAUUCUAAUUGGCUCAUUGUAUAUCAGUUGCAUUGGACAUUUGCAUCCAAUAUUAUCAGAUACUAUUGAGUCUAUAAUUCCUAUAGAUUUUAAAGCAAAAAGAUAUUAUUGGUCUACAAAAGAGCCAUGGAAACUAAUUCAAUAUGAUUGGACUACUAAGGUUGAAAAUAUAGUUAAAAAAUUAAAGCAUGAUGAAUUAAAUUACACUAUUGAUCAUAAUCAAGAUAAUAUAAUCAGUAUAGAAAAAACAAUAAAAAAAGACAUUGAUUACAAUUUAUAUAAACCUAUGCAGUUAAAUAAUUUAGAUGAAUGUUAUGAAACCUUAAAAAAGAUAUGCCCUAUUGAUUAUAGUACUACCAAACGUUUAAAAAUUGAAAAUUUCGAUAAAUAUAAUUAUUCUAAUUAUGAAACUAACUCUGAAUUUAAAUCCACAAUUGAUGAAACAUGUAAAAUGGAAAAAUUUUCGAAUAUUAAUGGUUUCGAAAGUAAACCUAUACCACAAAUAGAUGGGUUGUAUGAUUCUAGUGAUUGUGAAUCAGAAUUUGAAUUGUGUAAUAUAAAAAAAAAUUCUGAUGUUAUUGAUGAUUGUACAAAUGAUCAACCUGUCAAAUGUGAGAGAUGUCACCGAACAUAUAGGACUAGUUUGAGCUUUGAACGUCAUCUUAUAAGUUGCAAUUUUGACUAUGGACUUGGAAGUGAUAGUGAUUCAAGCGAGGAUGAAAAAUCUGAUAUUAAAGUUGAAAUUAAUCAAUUUGAAGUUGAAAACAAAAUCUUAUAUGCUGAACCUAUAAAAGAAGAAUCUAAUUUAGUACAUCAACAAAAUUACAUCCCUAUCACACAAAUUCCAUCACAGCAACAACCACUUACACAUUCACCCACUCUUAUUAUUCAACCAAUCUCGUCAUAUGUUCAAACUCCAGCAACUGAUGUUCAAUAUAUAACAAUAAAUAAUACUCAACCUCAGUCAGUGAUGCCAUGCUUUCAAUAUCAGACACCACCUACAGUUAUUGUUCAACCAUCUGUUGUCGAUCCUACAACUGUUUUACUUAACAAUCCUCCAGUUGAUAUGUUCAUGUCCCAAAGUAAUAACUUAUUAUUUAGCUCUCAACCUAUGAUUGUAGGAUUAGACCAAACAUACACUAUGGCUUCAGGUUAUACUUUUACACAAUCACCACAAAUUUAUCAAUCACCAAAACCUGUAGAAGUUAAUACCACACAUGUGUCAAAUCAGAUUUAUAUACUGAAUUCUGAACCCACCUCAGUAUCAAAUGAAUGGUCUUAUAGCAUUACAUCUGACAUUAAAACUGAGCAUAAAGUAGUUUGUACAACUCAACCUAAAGUCUAUUCAAAUCGAAAACUAAAGCCAACUGAAUGUUAUGACUCCAAAGAAAAUAUUCCCAAUAGACUUGUUCAAUCUGUAGAAAACCAAGUAUAUGGGGUUAUGAAUAUAAUAAAUAAUAUUAACCCUGAACCAUGGAAAAAACAAACUAUGAGAACUUAUCCUCCUAAAAGAAAUGAGUUUAAAAUAUGUUCUUCUAAAACUGUAGAGAAAAAAAAAAUUCUUCCAAAAACUAAUGGUUUUUAUUUAAAUAAGUCUACAACUGCAAUAAAUGCAACAUCUGUACCAACCAAAAUUGAUAAUAUUUCUGAUAUUGAACAUAAUAUUGUAUCGACAAAACCGCAUAAGGUUUUUCAACAUUCUGAUGUAAUAAUAACAAAUUCUUUUACUAAAAUUGAAAAUAAAUCAAUUCCUAUUACCAACACUGUAAAAAUAUUACCUGAGAGAAACUUGGAAGAAGUAAUUUCACCUAGCUGUAAGAUGAAUGAAGAAAUUGUUUUUACAGUAAAAGAAGAGAAAAAAUUGCCUUUUAAAAUAGAGAAAUUAAAAGAAGAGUCUCUAAAAAUAAUCCAAAAUUGUUUAACAUCUCAAAUAGAAAAAGAAACAUCACUUUCUGAUUCGCCUCCUCUUAAAAAAGAAAAAUUGUCAUGUAAUGAAUUGACAAUAACAUCACUGAAUAGUGAAUCACAAUUAUCCCUAGUAAUUCAUGAAAAUUCAUCACAUUUAUUCAGUAAUGAUAAUAAACAAAAAUCUUUAUCUGUUGAAAUAGAGAAAAAGCCACAUACUAUAGCUAAUGUUUAUAGCACAAAGUUUAUGUCAAUUGAUAGCGCAAAAUCCUCAUCUGCUAAUAAUUGCUUAAUUAAAGAGUCACUAAGUUGUUUGACAACUGUAGAGAAAUCUCUGAAAAAAGAACCAAUUAACCUAGAAAAUGUUUCUUCUAAUUCUACCAAGGCAAAGGUAAAAUUGUUAGAGCCAGUUUCUAAUCCUUUUGAAAAAUAUUGUCUAAAACAAUCUACUGAAGCAUUAAAAAAUAAAUCCCUACCAAAAAAACAGUCUGGUCGUCAAUGGUCAACUGUUAUGUCAGAACGUGAACGUAUAGUACCUCAACUUAUGUUUGAAAUGAGUUCUGCAGAUGGUGUUUUUUGUAAAGAUCGAUCACUUGUAGAGAUUUGGGCAAAAUUGUUUGAUGCAAUUCAAGUAUCAAGAAAUGAACGUAAAAUGCCAUCGUUACCAAAUAGUAAUCCUUUCACAAGUGAUAUAACUGCUGCUAUUCGCUCAUUAGGACUCAGUAAUAACUUUUUGAAGUAUCUGUUAGAACAAAUUUCUGAUGCCAAAGAAUUUGUAAAAUAUAAACCAACUUAUCAUAAAGGUGUAGAUAUUGUUGGCUCAACAGGUGAAAACUCUUCUGGAUGUGCACGCACAGAAAUAGUUAUAAGAAAAAAUAGAUAUGAUAUGUUUAGUUGGUUAGCAUCAAGACAUCGUAAACCUCCUAAACUCUUAGCUAAUAAUGAAGAUUUUGGUGGUCGUAGAGCCAAUUCAUUACCUAAUGAAAUGAAGUAUAGAAAUAUGAACAAGACUUUAACAACUACUGUUGGAGUAUAUCGAUCUGAUAUACAUGGUCGUGGAUUAUUUUGUUUAAGGGAUAUUGAACAAGGAGAAUAUGUCAUUGAAUACACAGGAGAAGUCAUCAGAUCUGAAGUGAGUGAUGUUCGUGAAAGACUGUAUAACAAAAAAGGAAUAGAUUGUUAUAUGUUUCGAAUUGAUCAAGAUACUGUAAUUGAUGCGACAAUGAAUGGUAAUUCAUCAAGAUUUAUCAACCAUUCCUGUGAUCCUAAUUGUCAGUCAAAAAUUGAAACUAUACAUGGAAAAAAACAUAUUAUGAUAUUAGCCAAAAGAAAAGUACUUCAAGGUGAAGAAUUGACAUACGAUUAUAAAUUUCCAUUAGAAGAUGACAAGAUAACAUGCCAUUGUCUUUCAAGAAAAUGUCGUAAAUAUCUUAACUAAAUUUUGGUUUUUUUUUUCUGUAUUUAAUAUUUUCUGUUAGUUUUUGUAUUAGAAACUUCUUAUUUUUCCUUUCUGUUUAUAUUAAGUAAACAUUUUAUAUUUAAUUUAUAUAUGUUGUAAAAUAUUUGACCAAAUUAAUUAAUAUACUUUGUACCAGUUUUAUUUUAUUUUAAUAUUUUACAUUGUGACAUUUCAUUGUCAGCGAUAUUUAUUAUUAUUUAUUUUUGCUAAAAUUGUAAACUAAAUAUACUGGUGUUAUGAUAUUUCAUACUCUGUUAUACAU